AUGACGUGUCCUAUGGCCUUGCAGCAGUCGAUGCUUAACACAUCAACACCAGCCGUGCUUGAUUCGGGGAACUCCAGUCGCCAAUUCGCAUCAUCGUUUGCAGCGCCACAGACACAAGCAGCAAAUCCAGGAGCGUUCCAUCACGGAGGUAACUUGCAAUCGUUGCACAAUGUGCAAGCGACGGGGUACAACAUACAGAGUAUGCAGAACGCACUUACGAGAGGCACGGGAAUGGGCGGAGUGCCUUCCGCGCAGGCACAACCUCCGUCCGCAGGCAACAUGGCGGCAGGGCGGUUCGGCACCAGCACGAUCCCUGCCAACCUGCAGCAGAUUGCGGGGUCGGCGGGGAGACUAGGCGCGCCCGGGACGCUGGGCAUGGCAGGGGCGGGCGGAGGGAUGGGGCUUUCCGCGGGGGCAGGCGCGGGGGCUAGCGCGGGGUUGUCUCGAGCGAUGAACCCGGCAGGCGCGCUGGGCAUGUCGACGGUAGGGGGAGCGCGCGCGCUGGGAUCGGUAGGGUUGGGGGGAAGUGUAGGUGCGGUGGGCGUGCAGGGGCCUGGGCGGCCGUUGGGAACCGGAAUGAUCUCCGGGCAGGGGCAGGGGCAGCAGCAGCAGCAGGCGCAGCAGCAGCAGAUGUUGGCGUUAGGGUUGCAAUCACAGGGGCAACAUCAUCAUCAGCAGCAGCAGGUGGGGGUUGGACAGCAGCAGCAGCAGCAGCAGCAGCAGCAAGGGCAAGGGGGCCAGCAGGGGUUGCAAGCUGGGACGUACCAGCCGUCAGGAGACGUAAUGGCUAUGAUCAACCGCGCUGGUACGCCUGCGGGCAUGCUCUCCAGCAACAGCUACCUGCAAUCCCAACAGCAGCAGCAGCAGCAGCUGUUGCAGCAGCUGAAGCAGAUGGGUGCAGUCAACGGGCAGCUAGGUCCAUCGUCGUUGCUCCUCGACCAGCAGCAGGAGCACAUGCAGCAGCAGGGACAGCAGGGGCAGGGGCAGCUGCAGGGAGGGUCAUUGUUGCUACAGAAGCAGGGGCAGGCGCAGGGAGAGAGCAAACGGGACGGGUCGAAAGGGGAGGGCGAGCAGGGGGAGGAGUCAAGGCAGGGAGGGCAGGAUCAGGAGCAAUUGGGCGGGAGAGGCGAGCAGCGAGAGGGGGGUGGGGCAGCGUUUGACAUGAGCGAGUUUCCCACGCUCAACACGAGGCCGCCUGGGAGUGCAACCAUGGCGUCAGGUGCAGGGUCGGCAGCAGCGGCGGUGCUAAGGAAAGGGGCUCCACUGAACGCGCUGCUACACCAAGGGGGCCCGGAGUUCAGCAUACAGAACGAGGACUUCCCUGCCCUGCCCGGCCUCAAAGCGGGUGCGGACAACGGAGGGGACAAAGACAGGCAGGGAGGGGGUAAGGCUGGAGAGCAGCAAGGCUCGGCACCUGGUUCUCGAUCCAAUACACCUGGUCUCACGGGCCCCCAGCAGCAGGCUCAACCAGGAAGCGGGCAGGUGGGAGCAGGGAAGGAGCAGGGUGUAGAAGGGCCGGAUAAGUACGGGCUGCUGGGGCUGCUUAGUGUGAUUCGGAUGAGCGAUCCAGAUUUGACUACGCUGGCGCUGGGGACCGAUCUGACGACUCUCGGGCUGAAUCUGAACUCGCGGGAGAAUCUGUACCGCACGUUUGCAUCGCCGUGGGCGGAUGGGCCGACGAGAGCUGAGCCGGAGUUCAGCCUCCCGGCUUGCUACAUUCAACCCACGCCUCGUCUUCAGCCGGGUUACUUCUCCAAGUUCCAGCAGGACACGCUCUUCUAUAUAUUCUACAGCAUGCCGCAUGACGAGGCGCAGCUGUUCUCUGCUGAUGAACUGUGCAACCGCGGGUGGUUCUACCACAAGGAGCACCAGGUGUGGUUCACACGCGUGCCCAACAGCGAGCCCGUGGUGAAGACCCCCACCUACGAGCGCGGCUCCUACUACUUCUUUGAUCCCACCGUGUGGGAGACCGGGCGCAAGGCAGGGGAAAAGGACAGGGAGGAAUGCACUGGGUCAGUGGUGAAGGCCCCCACGUACGAGCGUGGCUCCUACUACUACUUUGAUCCCACCGUGUGGGAGACCGGGCGCAAGGACAACGUGGUGGUGCUACAGUGCGAGAUGCUAGAGACCCGACAACUUUGUGCUACAGACAACUUCGUGCUACAGUACGAGAUGCUAGAGGCGCGUCCCCAGCUGCCCAUUCCCUCUUGCUACACUCUGGUGUCUUCCUUUCUCAACCACUCCUGCCCGUGCCCCUUCCUCCCCGCAACAUCCUCAGGACAACUUCGUGCUACAGUACGAGAUGCUAGAGGCCCGUCCCCAGCUGCCCAUUCCUCCCCAGCGAUAGUGCAGCUGCUGACCUCGGCCAGGCGGGCAGGGGCUUAA